CGCCGGGCGCGACUGACUAUGAGAUUUACGUUCUAAGAAUAAGCGUUUAUGACAAGAGACCGCUCCAGGUCGUUCUUGUCGGUCUGCCAAAUCCUCGCCUACCGUCUGAUAUCGAGUGAUUAGUGAUCGAGAAAAAAUGCAACGAGCAAUUACGACGUUUUCGCGGAAUAUCUCUGCGUUAAGUCAGAUAAGAAUGUCUGGAGAACGUGGUUCUGGUGCUGGAAAAGGAGGUGGUAGUGGUGGUGCCAUUCGUGAUGCUGGUGGUUCUUUCGGAAAGAUGGAAGCUGCCCAUGAAGAUCAAUACUUUUAUAAUCUGCAAAAAGAACAAUUACAAAAGAUGAAAGAGAGCCUUCACGAUGAAAUCUCAUUCCACGAGGAGCAAAUUAAGCGUCAUCAGGAAGCUAUAAAUCGUCACAAAAAACGGAUUACAGAUAUGGAUAAGAAAGAGUGAAUGCGUCAAGUCUUAUUAGCGUAAUAUUUCUGAUUUUGGCGAUACCAUUAAUUUCAAUAUAAAAAGAUUGGAAAUAGUAGAAAUAAUAGAAUAUUGCAGCAAUUUUUUUCUUAUGUACAAAAUGUUACAUAGAUAUUAAAGGCAGUGUUCUUAAUUUAAUUAUGACUUUAAGCAUGAACUCGAAUAUUAUAUAGAGUGAUUAUCUUUUUGGGGAGACUGUCGUAAGAAGUCUUUGUACUUUAAAUGUCUGAAAGACAGUUAUAUACUUGAGAAUAAAACGUGUUUUUCAUUCUUGUUUAA